UUUUACACGGAAUGAAAUACGGUUACACACUCAACGCCAACCUGUGAAGCUAGCCUCGCCGGGUUGUAGCAUUUGCCUGUAUGUUGUAUUUAUACUUUUGGUAUCCGACGAAGAGCUGGAUGACAGUAACUGUGUUGUUUAAGUGCCGCUGUUUGGUGAAAGAUUCAACCAGCUGAGACGCUAAAAAUGCGAGAAAGAUUGUGCAUUUUGUGACUCAGCUCUCGUGCAGCCAUGGAAAAGCCCUGGAGGCUGUGGGGGGCGAUGGAGCGUUGCAUCCUGGCUCUGGUGUCCUGGUCUUGGGGUGCCUGUCGUGUCUCCCUUUUGGCUCUUAUCCUCACGUUCCACCUGUAUGGAGGGUUUUUCCUCCUUGCUCUCAUCCUGGCAUCUGUGACGGGCAUUCUCUACAAAUUUCAAGAUGUUUUACUCUACUUCCCCGACCAGCCUUCCUCCUCUCGCCUUUAUGUUCCAAUGCCAACAGGAAUUCCACACGAGAGUGUGUACAUUCGUACCAAGGAUGGUGUGAAGCUUAAUCUCAUCUUACUUCGUUACACAGGAGGAGAUGCGCCCCCCGGAGGGAACUCUAGCGGUCAAAAUUGCCCAACUUCCGCUUCUCCACCUACAAUCCUUUAUUUUCAUGGUAAUGCAGGAAAUAUUGGUCACAGAGUCCCAAACGCACUUCUCAUGCUGGUUAAUCUAAAAGCAAAUGUAGUGCUACUGGACUACCGUGGCUAUGGGAAAAGUGAGGGAGAGCCCAGUGAGGAUGGUCUGUACCUGGAUGCUGAGGCCACACUGGACUAUAUUAUGAGUCGCCCUGACCUGGACAAGACAAAGGUGGUGCUCUUCGGUCGCUCAUUAGGAGGAGCUGUGGCUGUGCACUUGGCAUCAGUCAACCCUCACCGUGUAGCCGCCAUCAUCGUUGAAAACACCUUUCUGAGCAUCCCCCACAUGGCCGCAACACUCUUCUCUGUCAUGCCCAUGCGUCUGCUGCCCUUAUGGUGCUACAAGAACCAGUUCCUUUCCUAUCGACACGUGGCGCUGUGCCGGAUGCCUUCGUUGUUUGUGUCGGGUUUGUCUGACCAGCUCAUCCCACCAGUUAUGAUGAAGCAACUGUACGAGAUGUCUCCCUCACGGACAAAACGUCUCGCUAUUUUUCCAGAAGGCACUCACAACGACACGUGGCAGUGUCAGGGCUACUUUGUUGCUCUGGAGCAGUUCAUUAAAGACCUACUGAAGAGCCAUGCCCACGAGGAGAGUGCUCAGCCCUCAGCUAGUGUCACCAUCAUCUGAUAAAUGAGUCAAAGUGACAUGGGCUGAUUGUAAUGCAUAUAUUGGAGCGACUUUGUGGAUUUGUGGAAGUCGUGUGUAUUUUACAUUUUUUUUGUUUGGGUUUGACUUGAUUUCACUCUUUCUACCUUUCUGUAAAUUUGAUAUGCUGAAAUAUUUUCACAAUUUAAGGUUGAAGAGACAAUUUCAACUUUCUCUUGGUAUAUUUUAUUUUUUGGGU